AUGGGCGUUCUGCAGAACUUUAGGGAGCAUGUUAAGAACGGUGAUGCGAUAAAGUUGCUGGAUAAUGGUGGUGGUGUCACUGAGGAUAUUGUAGGGGCAGUCUCUGUGCAAUUCGGUGACGCGGAUACGAUUGUGCUGGAUCAGCCCACGGAGUUUUUAGUGGAUGGCAAGCCCACAGAAUUGAGGGUUGUUGUGCAUUGCUACUUGCAUAGGGAUUCCAGCGCAGCUGAGUAUCUGGCAGACUGUCAGAAUAAGCAUCUAACGAACGUUUCUUUCUUGCAAAGAAACGAUCUGUUGAGCUGGCUCAGCGGUAGAUCAGAGACAUCUGCCUACUUGCAAGAGAACGACGCCACGUCCACGUUGCAGACAGGGGAGAAACUUGUACCAGCAGAAGGUACCAUUGGAGAGACAGCACAGAACACGAAGGAGGAGAGGGGAGAUGGGAAAGAGAAGGAGGAGGGGACCUCUGCGGUGGAGCCAAGUGCAGAGAAUAAACUGAUUAACGCGGAUCCUGUGUUGGUGAAUACCCUGAAGAAUGAACGUAAUUUCUUCGACCACAACUCGUCUCUGCGUGGGUCCAAGCCAAUUGACUUUGGGUACCUAAUACAGGAUUCGGAACUGAAACUGGUACAAUCGAUAAAAGCAUCGCUGCGUUCGAGUAAAAAUGGUGCAACCAAUGGCCACGUUUUAAAAACUGCGAACACAAGGAAACCCACUCAGCGAAAGGAUCCAAUCAUAUUGAUCCCAUCGGCGACAUCUUCCUUAAUAACUCUAAGCAACAUCAAACAGUUUUUGGAAGGGUCGCGGUAUAUUGACCCACGCCAGCUGCCAAGCUCGUUGAACGAUAACCUGAUCACAGUGGAGAAAAAAUUCGAUAGAUUGGAGAGGCCGAUCAAGUUUAUUGUCGUUAACAACACCCGGAUGUUCACCAAACCAGAGUACUGGGACCGUGUCGUUGCCGUUUUCACAACUGGCCACUCUUGGCAAUUUAACAACUACCAAUGGAACACCCCACAGGAGCUUUUCCAGCAUUGCAAGGGUUACUACUUCCAUUUCAGUGGUGAAGAGGUACCUCAGCAUGUCCAGCAAUGGAACGUCCAGAGAGUCGAGUUAGAUAAAAGUCAGAGAUUUAAAGACGUCGAGAUUGUUCGUUACUUUUGGAACAGUCUUGAAAAGGAGUUACUGGCAAGAGGUUACCAAUGA